UUCCAGUGAAGGUUCACGUCAGCCUUGUCUGGAAGUCUUCAUAUUCCUGACCCCUUCUCAUUGGCUCCACCCAUCCUCAUCUCCUGGGGAUUGGGGACAAGGGAAUAAAGGUACUGUCGGGGAGGCCGUGGCUGCAGAAUAGAUUCUCCAGUUUCACUUCUUCCUUGAGUACACAUCGUUAUGGAGACUCCUCUUGAGAAGGCACUGACCACCAUGGUCACCACUUUCCAUAAAUAUUCAGGGAGAGAGGGUAGCAAGUUGACCCUGAGUAGGAAAGAACUGAAGGAGUUGAUCAAGACAGAGCUGAGCCUUGUAGAGAAGAUGCAGGAGAGCAGCAUUGACAAUUUGAUGAAGAGCCUGGACAAAAACAGCGACCAGGAGAUUGACUUCAAGGAGUACUCCGUGUUCCUGACCACGCUGUGCAUGGCCUACAAUGAUUUCUUCCUAGAGGACAACAAGUGACCAGGAUCCUCUCUACCCUCACCGGCAGCUCCUUGUCCUGACUUCUGUGGUCUCUGCAGUCUCCUAUGCCCCCUGCCCUUCUCUUUCUCUCAGAUGGAGUCUUCUAGCAGAGAAAUAAAGCCGUAUCCAUUGCA